AUGAUAAAUACCCAGACAAGGACGUCGUUGCCCAUCAAACUCCAGCCGUCGAAUCUCCGACCGGUAGUGUUUCGGACUCUCACCAAGAAACACGGCCUCAAUGUCAACUCCGAAGCACUUGCGGUGCUAACCGAGACCAUUAGUCGCAAGUUUGGAUUCGAUUGGAAAAGCAUCCAGACGCAGCAGUUUCUCGAGGAAAUAGCCAAGAUUUGGAAGUUGCAGGACCGGGGGAUCUUUAUUGACGCGGCAGGGUUGAAGAAAGUUUUAAAAAAGAUUACCACGAAAGAAGACGCUUCUCGAGAUCAAGCUCAAAAUCAAGGUCAAGGUCAGAAAGCGGGCAGAUCAGACACGUUAGUUGACGAUGUAGUCAUGGACGAUGCUGACGAAAUCCAGAUCCAAUGGCAAGACUAUUUCAAGGUCAUUUCACCCAACGAGCAGCCGAUAAGCAGGUUCGAUAGGGUGAGAAAGCAGUUUGCGGUUACCUUGAGAAACGAGAGAAAAGACAAAAAGAACAAGACGCCACUUCUUUCUAGACUAAGUGGAAAUCUCAAGGCGUGUGUUGAGUCCAAGAACAACCAGUAUCAUUUAAUCAUGGAUAGAUUAUCCAGGAACGACAAUUUCCAAAAAUUGUCAAUGACAAGCAUAUCCAACUUGAGCUCGCUUUCUAAAGAUGGCGCGUUGCUCAAUAACGAAAUAACGUUGAUUAAAAACGUCCUUGGUCGCGACGGUCAGAAAUUCCUCUUGUUUGGAUUGUUGUCGAAAAACACCAGCGGCGAGUUUAUUCUAGAGGACUCAACGGACUACAUCGAGUUGAAUUUUGCGCAAGCUUUGAAAAACCAAAGUUCGUAUUACUGCACGGGGAUGUUUUGUCUAGUUGAAGGGAUAUACUCUGCCCUGGGGGGAAACUCAAACCAGGACCAGAAUUAUAUUGGCGGUUUAUUUUACGUGAGCAACAUUGCUCACCCACCAGCGGAAAAGCGGGACAAGAGCUUGGAAGCUUACGGGCUUGUGGACUUUUUAGGCGUUCAUCGCCAAACGGGGUUCCCGCUCUCGUCCCAUGGCGAUCGCGUAGCUAAAAUCCCAAAACAGUACCGAAAGAAGUUGGUGCAAAUGGAGAAAUCGCUAACUAACCACAAAAUCAUCUUUUUGGGCAGUGAGUUGCAUUUUGACUCCAUUAAGGUGAUGGAGGCAUUGAAAAAGUUCUUGCACCGAUUGGAAGUGUCUAUAAUUGAAGAUGAGGGAAGAAUGACCCCCUUGGCCUUGGUUUUAACGGGGUCUUUUACAUCUCGACCUUUAGCUGCAACUACCACAUCCGCCACCAAGAUAUCAAACUCGGAAUUCUACAAGAGCAACUUUGACCAAUUUGCAAAUUUGUUGAGCAACUAUCCGCAAGUGAUCCUGACUUGCAAGAUUGUGCUUGUUCCUGGAGAUAAUGACCCUUGGCAGUCUGCAAACUCGCUAGGCUCGUCGUGUUUGAACUCUUUCCCUCAAGCAUCGAUUCCGCGAGUGUUUGUCAAUCGACUAGAGCGGCUUUUGCCCCGGGGUAAUUUGGUUCUCGCGUGGAACCCCACGAGAAUCAACUACCUCUCACAAGAGAUUGUGAUAUUCAAAGACAACCUAAUGAACAAGUUCAAGCGGAAUGACAUAUUGUUCCCGCAGGAUGCCGAGUUGCUCAAGGACCCCACCGAUGAAAUGAGCGGUAAGGAGAGAAUCGACGCGUUGAUCCAGCGCAAGGAAGAACACAUGUCGAGCAAGCUCAAACAAGCACGGAAAUUGAUCAAGGCCAUAUUGGACCAGGGAACGUUGCAGCCGUUUGAGAAAAAUUUAAAAGUGGUGGACUUGCAGUAUGACUAUUGCUUGAGGAUCGAGCCCUCUCCCAACGUUAUCGUCUUGAACGACGUUAGUUUUGAUAACUUUGAAGUGACGUACCAAGGUUGUCGCGUGGUUAACAUUGCCAGGGCCGUGCAUGAAGGAAGCAGGAAGUUCAACUACAUGGAGUACUUGCCAAGCUCAAAGAAGUUUGAGUUCAAAGAGUUGUAUUUUUGA